GUGUGAGUAGGCUGCAAAAUGGCAACUGAAAAGAACACGCUGCUGUCCUUGAUUCUCACCGCCGGGAUCACGGCUCUCGUAGCGACUGGGCAAAAAGCAGAGCAACCAGAAGUGGUGACCAAAUACGGGACUGCCCGAGGAUACCAAUUCAAAGUAGAUGCGGCUGAGAGGAGUGUAAAUGUCUUUCUGGGACUUCCUUUUGCUAAGGCUCCUGUUGGACCACUGAGGUUUUCUGAACCCCAGCCACCUGAGCCAUGGAAAGGUGUCAGAGAUGCCACUUCCUACCCACCAAUGUGUCUACAGGACAAAGUAUUAGGACAGUUUCUGUCAGAUGUUUUUACUAAUAGAAAAGAAAAAGUUCGUCUCCAGAUGUCUGAAGAUUGCUUAUACCUGAAUAUUUACACACCUGUUUCUACAGAAAAACAGGAGAAGCUGCCUGUCUUUGUGUGGAUCCAUGGAGGUGGAUUAGUUCUAGGAGCAGCAUCAUCCUACGAUGGUUCAGCAUUAGCAGCCUUUGACAACGUGGUUGUUGUGACAAUUCAGUACAGACUGGGUAUUGUUGGAUACUUUAGCACUGGUGAUAAGUAUGCUCGUGGUAACUGGGGGUAUUUGGACCAAGUGGCAGCUCUUCAGUGGAUUCAGGAAAAUAUCAUACACUUUGGAGGAGACCCAGGAUCUGUCACCAUCUGUGGAGAAUCUGCAGGGGGAAUCAGUGUAUCUGCUCUGGUCUUAUCUCCACUGGCAAAAGGCUUGUUCCAUAAGGCCAUUUCAGAGAGUGGUACUGCAAUCAGGGCUUUAUUCACUGAUAAGCCUGAGGAAGAAGCACAAAGAAUUGCUGCUGCAUCUGGCUGUGAAAAGUCCAGUUCCGCUGCUCUGGUUGAGUGCUUGAGAGAAAAAACAGAGGAAGAGAUGGAACAGAUAACUCUAAAAAUGGAUAUGACAACUCUGAAACUAUGCUAUACGUCACCUGGGAAAUGUGAACAGCCUUCCAUGUUCAUCAGUUCAACUGUGGAUGGUGUAUUUUUUCCAAAGAGCCCCAGGGAAUUGCUGUCUGAAAAAGCAAUCAAUGCAGUCCCAUAUAUAAUAGGAGUGAAUAACUGUGAAUUUGGAUGGGUAAUUCCUGAAAUGAUGAAAGUUCCUGAUUUUACAGAAGGUCUGGACAAAGAAGUUGCACGUCAAGUAUUACAGAGCUCAUUUGUAUUAUCAUUUAAGAGUGUUCCAUCUGAUAUUGUAGAUCUCGUAUUCAAUGAAUACAUAGGGAAAGCAGAGAGCCGUGCUCAGGUGCGAGAUGGCCUUCUUGAUGCAAUAGGGGAUCACAUGUUUGUUUUCCCAGCCAUUGAAGUGGCUGGAUACCAUAGAGAUGCUGGCCACCCAGUCUACUUUUAUGAAUUUCAGCAUCGGCCAAGCUCAGCCACGGGUGUCGUACCAGAGUUUGUAAAAGCAGAUCAUGGAGAUGAGAUUGCCUUUGUCUUUGGAAAGCCGUUCUUAGCUGGGAAUGCUACAGAAGAAGAAAAUAAACUUAGCAGAGCUGUUAUGAAAUACUGGACUAACUUUGCUAGAAACGGAAAUCCCAAUGGGGAAGGCUUGGUCCAUUGGCCUCAGUAUGAUCUGGAUGAAAGAUACCUGGAAAUAGACCUCAUCCAAAAGGCAGCAAAGAAACUGAAAGAAGACAAAAUGGAGUUUUGGGUACAGCUCACAGAACAAAUGAGGAGUGAAAGGAGGAGAGAACGCACAGAUUUGUGAGAGCUGCGGAGGAUGCAUUUUCCUUUUGCAACCUGAAGUAAGGCAUCCUAAUGGGGAAGGUCUGGCUGAAUGGCCAUCGUAUAAUCUAAAUGAAGAAUACAUGGAGAUAAAUCUAAAACAAAGGAAAGCCAGAAAGUUGAAGGAAAAGAAGGCAGACUUCUGGGAAAAGGUGAUGUUUGAAAAGCCAACCAGGAAAAGAAUGGAAAACAAGAAAGUUAAUCCGGAGCUAUAAUUUACCGUUUAACCAUGCCUAAUAGGCAUAGUAUUUAGGGUAGCAAAAGGAAUUAUUUAAAAUAUUUUGGAGGAUAAAAUAUCGUGUCCCUUCCUUUCACCUUUUCUUCUCAGUUCUCAUAUUGACGCUUAUUUGCUGUGAUCAUUGCAGUGGACCAAUUUCCACUUUGUGAUCCUUUACUGUUCCCUCGGUUCAUGUCCACCACAGAAGCCUCACCUGUUCAGUACAGUUAACAGAUCUGUCUGCUCCUCAGGUUUUUCUGUAGCUUUGCCACUGCUGAAGAAGAAUGUGGCAGCAAGGUUGUGUUAAUAAAGCUAAAUCAAUAAAGACCUGAUUUGCAAGUAAAA